UAAACGUGCCACCUUUUCACCCCAUGUGGCAACCUAGUAGACUUUCUAUUUUUGCUGUUGACUGAUUCACGUCAGACAGAAGUGAAAACGUUCGCUUUACUUUUGCACAAUAACAUAUUGUAAACUUUUAUCCAAACAGUAAUUUACGAGUAUAUUUUUACAAUUUUAUAAUCAAGAAGAGGAGCUCUAGGAUCAGAUAAACAUUCUAUGCCUCCAAAAAAGACCAAGAAGGGGAAAGGAGGGGAUGAUUUCCCCGAUUCUGAAAACGAAUCAGCUCCCACCCAACCGGCUGCGAAAGGAAAUAAAAACAAGAAGAAUAAGAAAAAGAAUGAAGAUUCUGACGAAGAAACUGCCAUUGUAACAGCGCCGGUGGAUAAAAGUCAAGAACCCACGACAAAAGUAUCAAAGAAGGGUAAAAAAGUAAAAGAUGACGAAGGUUCAGAGGAGGAAUCGGUCCCUACGCCUGCCGCUGCCAAAGGCAAGAAGGGUAAAAAGGUAAAAGAUGACGAAGUUUCAGAGGAGGAGUCGGUCCCUACGCCUGCCGCUCCCAAGGGCAAGAAAGGGAAAAAAGUAAAGAAAAAGAAAGGUGAUUCUGACGACGAGGACACCCCUCAUCAACCGAAAGCACCCGUUGUCUCUGAUGACGAUGCACCAGCUACAAAAGGGAAUAAAAAUAAAAAGAAGAACAAGAAGAAGAAAGAUGAUUCUGAUGAUGGCGACGAUGUUCCUCCGCCACCACCAGUGAAAUGUUCAGACGAUGAACACGAUGCGGUACCAAUUCCAACUAAAGCAACCAAGAAUAAAAAGAAAAACAAAAAGAAGAAGGAUGAUUUUAGCGAUGACGAUGAGCCGAUUCAAUCUAAUCUAGUUGAGUCCGAAGAAGAAGAUUCGAUUGUGAGGGCACCUCAAAACAAAUGGCAGGCCUUAAAUAUGGAUGAUGAUGACGACGAUGAAGUAUCUGAAGAAGAACCACCUCCCAAAUCCGUAGAACUGACAAAGAAUAAAAAUGAUAAGAAAAAGACAGACGACACUGAAGAAGAUAAAAUAGGAAAGAAACUAGAAAGUGUUGCAAGCGUCAAAGAAAUGGAAUCUCCUGCAAAACCAGUGUCUCAAGUGGCUGAAAAACCUAUUGUUGAUGUAGAAUUGUCAGAGAAUAAAAAUAAAAGUUCCAAGUCUGAGUCAGAGGAUGUUACAGCUAAAGCAACAACUUUAUCUAGUGAGGAAUCUGUAGAUUCCAAGCCUGAUGAUAAAAAUGAGGACAUUUCAGAAAACAUUGCAGAAAAACUUGAACAGCUAGAUAUUGAUAAUGCGCCUGAAAAGAAGUUAACACAUAAAGAAAAGAAGAAACUGAAAAAAGAGAUGGAAUUUGCCAAACAGACAGAAUUAAUGACAAAGAAAGGGGGUCAAGGACAUAGCGAGUUGGGCGAAAACUUUACUGUUUCUCAAGUGGAGAAAAGUGUCGAUGAUGGCGCAGUUGACAUCCGUGUAGAGAGAUUCAAUAUUUCUGCGAAGGGAAAGGAUUUGUUUGUUAAUGCUGACUUACUAAUAGCCAACGGCAGGCAUUAUGGCCUUGUUGGUCCUAAUGGACAUGGGAAAACUACUCUACUGCGUCAUAUCGCUACAAGGAUCCUUCGAAUUCCAGGGUCAAUCGAUGUACUAUACUGUGAACAGGAAGUGUCUCCAGAACCAUCAUCUUCUGUUGAAGUCGUUCUUAAAGCUGAUGUCAAGCGUACUGAAUUAUUGAAAGAGUCUAAAGAAUUGGAAGAAGCGUCAAACACAGAGACGGAUUUUAAAAAACAACAAGAUAUGAUGGAGCGACUAAACGAAGUUUACACAGAGUUAAAGGCAAUUAACGCCGAUGCAGCCGAACCAAAGGCUCGUCGACUUUUAGCUGGUUUAGGAUUCACAAAGGAAAUGAUGGAUAGACCAACAAAUAAAUUAUCUGGAGGUUGGAGAAUGAGAGUUUCAUUGGCGAGAGCUUUGUACAUUGAACCAACAUUGCUAUUACUUGAUGAACCUACAAAUCACCUUGAUCUUAAUGCUGUCAUUUGGUUGGAUAAUUAUUUGCAAGGAUGGAAGAAAACCUUGUUAAUUGUGUCUCACGACCAAGGAUUCUUGGAUAACGUGUGCACCGAUAUUAUUCACUUGGACAUGCAUAAAUUGUUCUACUACCGUGGGAAUUACACAAUGUUCAGAAAAAUGUUAGUGCAGAAGCGUAUAGAACAGCAAAAAGACUAUGACAAACAGGAAAAGAAAUUAAAAGAAUUAAAAAGGUCUGGCCAAAACUCAAAGAAAGCAGAAAUCAUUACAAAAAAAGAACAACAAAAGAAAAUUACGAAAGGCAAAGGAGGACAUAAAGACGAUCGAGACGAUGAAGAUUCUGCUGCGACUGCUACACUUCUUCAAAGACCGAAAGAUUAUAUUGUAAAAUUCCGUUUCCCUGAACCACCUCCAUUACAACCUCCUGUGUUAGGAUUACAUGAUGUCAAAUUUAAGUACCCAACGGCUAAGGACUUUAUUUUUACUGAGAUUGAGUUUGGAAUCGAUAUGGACUCGAGAAUAGCAAUUGUUGGACCGAAUGGGGUUGGAAAAUCCACCUUUUUGAACCUGUUGACAGGAGUAUUAGAACCUACGAAAGGGGAAUGGAGAAAGAAUCAUAGAUUGAGGAUGGGCAAAUUUGAUCAACAUUCUGGAGAACAUUUGACUGCUGAAGAAAGUCCUGUUGAGUAUUUGGUUCGACUAUUCGAUUUGCAAUACGAAAAGGCAAGGAAAGAACUUGGAUCUUUUGGUCUUCCUGGCUUUGCACAUACGAUAAAAAUGAAAGACUUGUCUGGUGGACAGAAGGCUCGAGUUGCACUUGCGGAACUAAAAUUGAAUGGUCCGGAUGUUUUAAUAUUGGAUGAACCGACAAAUAAUUUGGACAUGGAGUCUAUCGAGGCCUUAAUUGAAGCUUUAAAUGACUUCAAAGGCGGAGUUGUAAUAGUUAGUCACGACGAAAGAUUAAUUAGGGAAACAAAUUGCCAACUUUGGGUCAUAGAAAAUAAUUCAAUUUGUGAAAUUGAUGGAGACUUUGAUGAUUAUCGUAAAGAACUUUUGGAUUCUCUUGGCGAAGAGAUUCAUACGAAUCCCAGUGCUGCAGCCAAUCUUGCGUAUCAACAGUAAUUUUAAUUUUGUAUUUUAUUAAAAUUUCUUCUGCAAUUACAUAUAAAAUUCUCAUAUGCUUUGUUUUGUGUCAUUAAUAAAAGUUAUAUUAAAAUGAAAUAAAAAAUGUGAAGCUAAAUA